GCGCGCGCGUGUGCGACCCGAAAGUCAGCCGGAUGCGGGGUAUUGAGGAGCGAAGACAGGGAGCGCCGCUGGGUGCCUACAGUCCUCUUCCUCUCCCCGGACACAGCACCACUACCGAAGGAGGGUUACGAACUUAGCAAGCCACAGGCCCGCUGCGCCCUUCAAUCACUCACCGGCCCCGGCUGCGCUCCUUUCCGUUCCCGUAGGACUGAGGCAGUAACCACGACCACCAACUCCCACAGUGAACCCUUCUGCCGCGCGCGCCAGCAAAACCACCCAGCCUGGCCCUGGCCACUGGCUAGUUCCCGCCUGACGUCAAGGGGGCGAGCCAACACCCAACCGCGCCAGCCGCCCGUUAGGCUCUGCACAUGCGCUUGCUGCUGAGGGAGCCGUCAGGGCAGCCGGCUCUCGGGUGCGCAUGUGCGGGAUGCGGCCUGGCGUGGAGUCGGACGCGCGGUAGUGGGGAUGUGAGGGAGUGCUGCUAGGGACCCCUGUCUUCCUACUGUUAAAGAGAAGAAGCCGGUAUGGUUGAAAACUCUCCAGCCCCGUUGCCAGAAAGGGCAAUAUAUGGAUUUGCCCUUUUCUUAGGAUCGUGGUUUGGUUUUAUAUUGUAUCUUAUCUGGGCAUAUAUUCCUGAGACUUGGCUGUUCUCGCUGGGACUUACAUACUGGCCUCAAAAAUACUGGGCAGUUGCUUUGCCAACCUACCUGCUAGUUGCUAUAGGAAUUGGUUAUAUAUUACUCUUUGGUGUUAACAUGAUGAGUACAGCUCCACUUAACUCCACGCAUACCAUUACAGAUAACUAUGCAAAAAAGCAGCAACAGAAGAUACAUCAGGAAGAAGCAAUUCCAGCAUUGAGGGAUAUUCCCAUCAGCGAAGUAAAUAGAAUGUUUUUCCUUCCUGAAAAAGGAAUCUGCAAUAGCAGAUAGUUGUUAAGAUAUGUAUAAAUAAAGGAUUGGUACAACUGUUACACGAGGAAAACCAAAUUCUCUCAAAUGAACUUGAAACUAAAUUUAUGUUGACACAUUUUGUU